AGCUGUCAAAUUUUUCGGUAUUUUGUUUGUUUACUUUUCAGUGAAAUUAGAAGUUAUUAAUUCGUUUACCAAACACUUCAUCAUUCAAAUUAUAAUAUCAAUAGUUAAAUGAAAUAAUGUGUGAAAUAGCGGACUUCAAGAUUUCGAGUCCCAUUCACACAACGAAUAGACCGCCAUUGGUACCUCGAAAUCAGUUUGUGUCGGUAACAUCGGAUGGACAUUCACCCUAUUUCAAAUCAGGCGAAAUUCUUCGUAAUGUCGAUGGGAACUUUGCAUUUUUGUGCAGCCACUGCGUUUUUGUGAACGACAUUUUACAUGACAUAAAGAAUCAUAUCGACGAGCAUUUCGAACGACAUGCAUCUGACUUCAAACCAGCCAUUCCUGAGCUGCCAAUCCCGGAAUUCGUUAGCUGUGUGGACGCCGACGUUGACAAAAUCAAAGAGGAAAAUGGGUGUGUGGCCUCUGAAAGUGCUAAAAUCGAGCCCAACUGUGACGAAGCGAGCAAUGAACUCACUGAAAUGAUGUUCACAAAGGAAUGGACACCGGAGGAAAUAUCAGAGCCAAUAGUCAAUACAGAAGAAAAACGUAACCGAGGUCGACGAAAAAUUAAUAGGACUGGCAGAAGCAAAGCAACUGAUUCCAGCAAGAAAAAAAGCGAUUCGAAUGCAACGAAGAGUCGUCAAUCGUAUAUCCAAUGCUACCAGUGCAUGAUGGAACCUUCCAUGCCUAACCAAUCCGAUCCGAGACGUCAUAAAUGUGUAAUCUGCAAGGAAUGGUUUCUAUGCGCAGAGUAGAAUUCUUAUCCAAACGUUUCAAUUACUCGAACAAUAAAACACCAGUUUCAUUUA